ACACUUUUUUUAAUGUACAAUGUCAUCAAAAAUAAAACUGAAACGAGUUGCAUUACGAAAAAAAUCUGUGUUGCCGCUUAGAGUGAAAAUAGAAAUACUUGAUCGUUUACGCCAAGGAGAAUCAUUUGCAUCCAUAUCACGCUCAUUCAAAAUCAACGAAUCAACUGUACGAUCAAUAAAAAAAUCAGAAAGUAAAAUAAGGUCUUCUAUUGCUUCAACUUCACUGUCAUCAAAAAUUGUUCGUGAUCCAGCAAUAGAAAAAAUGGAAGUAGCGUUGUCAUUAUGGAUUCAAGAGUGCAACCAAAAAAUGGUGCCUCUAAAUGGGCCAAUGGUCCGGGAAAAGGCAAAGUAUCUCUACACUAAUUUUAAAGAACCUGAUGGUAGUGGUGAAUAUACAGAUGGAGGAUUUCAAGCUUCGGAAGGUUGGUUCAAUAAAUUUAAGGCGAGACAAUCAUUGCAUAACGUUAAACUUGUUGAAGAAGCUGCAUUUGCAGAUCGUCCUUCACCAGAACAAUAUUCUGAACAAUUUGCAAACCUAGUAGCUGAAGGAGGAUACAAACCUGAACAAGUAUUCAAUAUACAUACAAUUGAACUGUUCUGGAAGAGAAUGCCAAAGAAAACAUUUAUUUAUAAAAGCGAAAAAUCUGCUUGUGGAUUUAAGGCAGCAAAGGAUAGAGUUACACUGUUGCUAUGCUCUAAUGCAUCUGGAGAUUGUGUCAUCAAGCCACUGAUGCUUUAUAGCUUACUUAAUCCUCAGGCUUUAAUAAAUCAAAACAAGAAUAACUUGCCAGUGUUUUGGCGUGCUAAUAAGAAAGGGUGUAUUACAAGUGCUAUUUUUUGUGAUUGGUUCCGUACUUGUUUUGUUUCUGAAGUUAAAACUUAUUUAAAAAAACAGAAUUUAUAUUUUAAAGCACUUCUUGUUUUGGAGGAUGAACCAGCUCAUUCUCGCAAACUUGAAAUAAUGCAUCCAAGUAUUAAAGUCACAUUUUUACCGCCCAGCAUAACGGCUGUGCUUGAACCUAUGAACCAAGGGAUAAUCCAAGUAUUUAAACUCUAUUAUAUGAGACGAACUUUCAAAAUUCUUUUGAAUAAUAUGGAAUAUAAUCCUGAUCUGGAUCUUAUGGAAAGCUGGAGGAAAUUUGACAUAGCAAAAUGCAUUGUUAACAUAAAAGAAUCAUUGGAUGAACUGGACCCACAUACAUUGAAGUCAUGCUGGAAUAAACUGUGGCCUGUUGUGACAACAGAAAAUGAUGAACCUGUGCAAGUUCAAAAUUUGAUGGCCAAUAUAGUUGAAAUAGCAAAUGAAAUAGGACGAGAUGGGUUCGAACUGAUAGAAUUAAGUGAUAUUCAGGAAUUACUUGAAACACAAGAUGAAGCUUUGACCGAAACUGACUUGGAGAAAAUGUUAAAUGUACAGCUCAUUGAAGAAGAGACUCCAACAGGUACUGAUAUAGCAACAUUUAAUUUGAAAAAUCUUAGUAAAGGUUUAAGAAUGGCAAAUGAGCUUUGUGAGUUCUUUGUGAACAUUGAUCCAUCUAUGGAACGGAGUCUCAUUUUUAAGAAGCAAAUUGCUAAUGCAACUGCUUUGUAUCAUUCUGAAUUGAAAGUACUUUUACAAACUGUCAAGCAAGAUAAAAUUACGAAGUUCUUUAAACCAUUGCCUAAGCCCUAAAAUAAUUAAUUACAAUGUUUAAAAACUUCAAUGAAUUUGAUUGGUUUUGUUAGAGAUUUUUAUUG